CGCUGCAAAGUGCAGGCUCCCGUUGCGCCGGGUAAACGCACCUAGCUCAACCGGGCCCCCAUUCUUUUUUUUUCUUUCUUUUGCACCCCCGCCCGGAACUAAAGACGCAACCUCCGUCUCGGCUAAUCCGAUAUUCCUUCCUCCGGCCGCCUCUUCGCGACCGGCACAUCCCCCCAGCCGCCCUUCCCACCCUCUCACCUUCUCGCCGCCAGAACUUGACGCUCGCUUCCGCUCCGUUCUCCAGGUAGAUACCCGCCGCCAUGGGUGUCGCAAAGAAGACGCGCAAAUUCGCCCAGGUAAAGCGCGUCAUCGGGCGGCGCGACAGCCGACUCAAGGAGAACCGGACGAAGGGCGAGGCGUCGAACCCGCAGAACCCGCGGUCGGCAGCGGCGGCGGCGGCGGCUGGCGGCAGCAAGAAGAAGAAGGCCGGCGAGGUCGUGGCCCGGCGCGAGGUGCCCCAGCUGCCGUCGCAGCUCUUCUUCCAGCACAACGAGGCGCUCGUGCCGCCGUACGCCGUCCUCGUCGACACCAACUUCCUCAGCCACACGGUCCAGCGCAAGCUGCCCCUGCUCGAGUCCAUGAUGGACUGCCUCUACGCCAAGUGCCACCCCAUCGUCACCGACUGCGUCAUGGCCGAGCUCGAGAAGCUCGGCCCCCGCUACCGCAUCGCCCUCCGCAUCGCCCGCGACGAGCGCUGGCAGCGCCUCCCCUGCGACCACAAGGGCGUCUACGCCGACGACUGCAUCGUCGACCGCGUCAUGAAACACCGCAUAUACAUCGUCGCCACCAACGACAAGGACCUCUGCCGCCGCAUCCGCAAGAUCCCCGGCGUCCCCAUCAUGAACGUCGCCCGCGGCAAGUACGUCAUCGAGAGGCUGCCCGGCGCCCCGCAAUAAGACCGUGCAAGCAGAGAGACGCUCGCGACGAAAGAAUACUACUACCAUUUCCUGCUGCAUUUCCAUCCGAAGGCGUUUGCGCCGGCGUUGAGGCGGAAUGGGACGGGAGAAAAAAAAAUUAGGGUGACAUGGAUUUUUAGACAGCCUACCUCGUUCUUGGGGUCUUGUCUGUUAUGCUAUGGAUGGGCCAUGGCACGAUGCGGCAUUCACUACGCAGUUGUCGGGGGCGGAGAGUUAGAAAGGACCAUA